UCAAGUUCAGAUACGUAGUCAAAAUCAAUCGCAAAUUUUUUAUGAAUUUCUCUCCGCACUAACAGCCACAACCACAACCACAAUCAGCAACACCGACGCCAGCUCCGUUCCCACGACUGCCUCUUUUCUAAAUUUGUAUUCUCGUCCUUAAGUUUUACAUUUUUUUGUUAUUCUUACCCCUAGGUUUCCUCCGUCUCUGACCGUUCACAAAUUCACCGCCGUUGAGUUUGUUUCUGUCCGGAGAUCAUGAAGGACACCAAGUCUAAGAAGAAGAAGAGGCGCUCACGCGCCGCUGUCAAACCAACAACUAACGGUUUGCCACGUGGCGGACCGGAAGAUGAAAGUCAGAACAAAAAUGUUAGCUCGUUGACGGAGGCAUUUGAGGAUGUCUCUCUUAAAGAAGCUGACGUUGAUGCGAACAAAACGGCGGAGAUUUUGACGAUGUUGUCGGAGAAUAGUGAAGAUCCGUCGACUACGAGUUCGGUUUUUGGCGGAUCUUGGGGUUUGGAUUCAGGUUCGAGCUCGGGUUCGAGCGUGGGGUAUGUUGAGACGAGCUGUGUGCAGAACACGGUGAAGAAGGGGACGAGUAGGCAGAAGAGAGUGGUGGCGGUUACCGGAACGGUGGCGAAUGUGUUGGGGAAGGAGUACGCGAGGGCGAGUCCUAGAAAAACAGGGAAAUUCAAGGAAGUUGUUGAUGAUCGGAAUUGGCUUGAUGAACAAGAGGUGGAGCAGUUUUUGUGCUCGAUGCUUGGUAAAGAUAGCGAGUUGAGUAUGGCUGUGGUCAAAGAUGUGCUAGGUCAGUGCGGCUAUAAUGUUGAAAAGGCCUUGGAGGCAUUGCUUGCUUUAUCAGCUUCCUCCAACGAACAGUAUGGGAACUGCAAUGAUGAUUUUAACCUUAAGGAAGAUGCAACAUUUGGCAUUGGAUCUAGUGACAAUUUGACAGAAGUAUCUGAUUGCACUUCUCUCUCAUCUGAACAUGAUCUAUAUGAUAGUAUAUGGUCUGUGGGUUUUAAUUGCAGGAAUUAUUCGAAGGUUCUUACUUCUGAAGUGUCAUCUCCAACUAAGCCAAGUAGCAAGUUUGACCUCCCUCAAGAGGUGUUGGAAUCUUUGUUUAACAUCUCCAAGAGUCCUGAACAUGAACCAAACACCAUGAAUUGGAGGAAUGUAGUAAAGAAAUUGCAGUCAGUAGGACCCCGAUUUGAUGUUUGCCCUUCUGGCGUUACAGAAUCUCAGCGGGAGCUUUGUGCCAAGGGAGCUGAAUAUCAUGUGUAUAGAAAAGAUGCUAAGCAGCACUGGGAUUCAAUGAAAUCCUCCUAUCAGAAGGCCACAGCAGCGUAUUCAAAGGGGGAUUGGCAGUAUGCAGCUUAUCUUUCUGAUCAGGGGAAGUCACAGACUAAAUUAGCUCGACAGGCAGAUGAAAAGGCGACCCAGGAUAUAUUUAAAGCGAGAAAUAGGGACAUAGAAAAUGUGAUAACAAUUGAUUUGCAUGGGCAACAUGUCAAGCCAGCAAUGAAGCUAUUUAAACUUCACCUCCUUUUCGGAUCAUAUGUUCAAUCAAUUCAAACUCUGAGGGUUAUCACAGGAUGUGGCUCACAUGGUGUAGGAAAGUCAAAACUGAAACAGUCGGUCAUUAAUCUUAUAGAACAGGAAAAUUUGCGAUGGAGUGAAGAGAACCGAGGAACAGUUCUAGUAAAGCUUGACGGAUACAGAGAAUUUAGCUUUCUAGAUUCAGACAGUGAUUCUGAAUGACGACGGUGUAGUCAGAUGGGAGUAGAACUAGCGACAGGUUU